AUGCGGACCCUGAUGACAACCCAGUACCAGAACUUCUACAGGGAGCAGAUCCAGAAGGAGAUGUUCACCCGGCUGGCCUGGAAGAGCCGCUAUAGCAAAGACUACCCACCCUGUUUUAGUCCCCGCAGCAAAGCCCCCCGAGACCCAACACGACUACCCAGCCACCCCAGAACGGUCCUGCCUCUUGUUACCAAGACCUCAGAGAAGCAGCGAGACACUCCACUACCUCCUCAGCCGUCUCCUCCUUCUCUUCAUGUUGGGGCGAAGGAGAGACUCGGUGUGGCUCCCCUGAUGAGACCAGUCUCCCCACAGACCAGACAGGCUAUCUACCACGCCCCCCCUGACCAUCGUGGAAAAGGACGGAGCUUGUACCUACACAGGCGUAGCCAGAAGAGACCAGAGGAGAAGUUUGACUAUCCUAUCCUUUCCUCGUGGGAGUAUGGAUGGAGACUUGGUGACUACAGUCUGGACUACACUUCUCCCAGCCAUGGUCGUUCAUGUGUAGUGAAGAACACUUUCUAUGCGAGGAACGGUGUCUUCAAUUUCCCCUCAGCUACUGACAUACUGGGCUGA